AAUAUAUUUUACUUAUAUUAUUAGAUACGCCAAUCAAGACGUCGCAGAGUUGGACCAGAGCCCACGGGAGUAGAUCAGAAGGACAUGGUGACAGCAGUGGUUGUUACUCCUUUUGGGAGGUUAAAAAGGAAGUUUAAAAAGGGGGUUUAUUUUCAGGAAGUUUAUGAUUGGAUUGCAACUCAUGAGCAGUGUUCAAUUUUUUUUUCAUUGUCAACAUUUGACAACAAUAUUAUCCUAUUGGAUAAGAUUCAGAAUGAGAGCCAGGGCCUCUUGUAUUACAAGGAGUUGAGUAAAGAAGAAGCAGAAAAAAUUUUUAGAAGCGAGGUUUCUUUUUUUGGAAGCUAUGAAUACGUAGAUGACUUGGACAACACUGUGAACAAUGAUGUGCCACAACAUGAAGAGGUUGGYGUAGUGGGUAAGUGCAACAUUUUUAUGAAUGUACCAGGAUUUUGAGUAUGUAGGAUGGUUCUGGUGGUAGGGGCAAAAGGACUUCUAGAGGUGGUUAAUUUGAUUUUCUUUUGUUUUUUCCCUUCUGU